AACUUUAUAAAUAUUCACAAGUCGAAGCCAGCUUGGGUUUUAAGAACAAGGUCCCGAACAAAGUAACACAACUCACACAUAACAAAGAUACAAAGAGCGUGAUGAUGAGCAGCAGCACUAGCAGUAGAGUGAGCGAGAUCGAAGAAGAUGAAUGGUACAGCAGGAGUGAGGAGCUGUUCGAGAUCAAGCAUUUAGAAUCCAUCAACGAAGAAUCAGGAAAAGAAGUCGAAGAAGAUGUUGUUUAUGUAGCAUUACUUGGGACUGGUAGUCAUGACAUGGAUGCUCUUGUUUGGACACUCAACCAUCUUCUUCAUCCUUUCUCUUCCUCUCUUGUCAAUCUCAUCCAUGUUUUUCCUCAGCUUCACUACAUCCCUACUCCAUUAGGAAAGCUUCCGAUAAGCCAGGUGAAUCCGGAGCAGAAGGAGAGGUACAUGAUUCAAGAGAGAGGCAAGAGGAGAGAGUUUCUUCAGAAGUUUUUGGAUAUCUGCUCUGUUUCAAAGGUUAAAGUGGAAACCAUAUUGAUUGAAAGUGACAUGGAAGCAAAAGCCUUGCUAGAUCUCAUUCCUGUUCUUUACGUCAAGAAAUUGGUCCUAGGAGCCCCCAAAUCCAGUUUAAGGAAACUGAGGUCUGGAAAAGGAAAUGAGACGGUUGAUCAGGUGGUACAAAAUGUACCUGAAUUCUGUGAGCUUCACAUCAUAUGUGAAGGGAAACAAGUGGUGCUUGAGAAGCUAACACUUGAAUCUCCCUCUUCAGGAGUCAUCCACAAUAUUAAUACUGUGGACAAUAAGAACAAUAACAAUGAUGUUUCCGAAAACUUUAUGGAAGAUCAGAUGCAAAACAACGCCUCCUUCGCAUGCAGUUGUUUUACACCUAAAGCAAGAGCUUGAUUAAAUUCAGUCCCGGACCUAGCAGGAGGCAAUCCCUAGACACACUGUCGCCACCUAGCAUCGACCUAAUUGGGCGACGGUCCCUUCUAAAUAUGGGAAAGAAAAUCAUCUAGCACUUAGAAGUGUAACUUACUUUCUUGUAGCUUGGAGUAAUCCUUGUGCUCAUAUUGCUUUUGGUUUGUUUGUAUUUCCCAUUUGUGAGUUGUAGACAUAUAAACUGUGUAUGCUAUAGCCCCAAGGCUAGGGAUGGCAAAAUAAUCCGAUCCGACGGAUACCCGAUCCGAAACCCGAAUUUUUGGAUAUACCGAACCCGAAUUUUUGGAUUUGGAUUUGGAUAUGGAUUUGAUUUUUGUACCCGAAA